ACGAUAUAUCGAUCACCAAAUCCGUCUAUAUAAAUUCAUGUACUCACGUCCAACUACCAAUCCAUUCCAAAACUUGGGCCCCUGAACAUAUUGGAACAACCAAGUACGUCAUGGCGAGAACAAGGGUGUCUUCCCACUUGUCUAUCUUCUUACUACUGGUCUCACUGUGCGCGCACAGCGCCGCCAGCGACGACGGCAGCGGCAGCGGCAGCGGCAGCGCGGACGCGGACGCCGGCCGCCACGCGCGCGCCGCGGCCACCGUCGCCGAGCUCCUGCUGGUUCACAACGCGGCGCGGCAGGUGGUCGGCGUGCCGCCGCUGACAUGGAGCGCACAGAUCGCGGCGUACGCCAAGGCCUACGCGCGGUCGCGGCGCGGUGACUGCGCGCCGCGUCGGUCGCCGCUGUUCUACUUCGGCGAGAACGUGUUCGUGGGGAGAGGUCGGCACUGGAACGCCACGGCGAUGGUGGCGUCGUGGGUGGCGGAAGGGCGGUGGUACGACUACGGGAGCAGCUCCUGUGCCGCGCCGUCCGGGUCGUCGUGCCUGCGGUACACGCAGGUGGUGUGGCGCAGCACCACGCAGCUCGGGUGCGCCAGGAUCGUGUGCGACUCCGGCGAUACUUUCCUCGUCUGCGACUACUUCCCGCCAGGGAACUACGGCAAGGGAAGGCCCUACUGACCGACCGUCGUUGUCAGUCGUUGAUCAAAUGAUCAUGUCGACAUCUCAUCUGCGCAAACACUGGUUUUUCCAUGUGUUAUGAAGCUAUACAUUAUUACUGUGUGUGGGGUGUUCGUUUAUGCGUAAGGAGUGUCUUUCAGUUGUCAUCGUUCCUUUCCUCGGGUGGUUCUUCAGCCCUGCCAUGUUCCACCGAUACGCUAAAAGUAAAACGAUAAUUAUAAUAUAAUGAUUUGCUUGAGAAAACUCCUAUAUGUAACAUGUCUGUG